GCUGCCCCUGCUGCGAGGAGAGACCUCGCCCACUUCGUUCGCUCGGGCAUCGCGGGCGGCGUCGCGGGCUGCGUCGCCAAGACGGUCGUCGCCCCGCUCGACAGAGUCAAGAUCCUCUUCCAGGCCUCCAACCCCGACUUUCAGAAAUACGCAGGCUCCUGGAGCGGCGCCUUCCGCGCCGGCGCGCAGAUCUACGCCGACACGGGCGUGCGCGGGCUCCUCCAGGGCCACUCCGCGACCCUCCUCCGCGUCUUCCCCUACGCCGCCGUCAAAUUCGUCGCCUACGACCAAGUGCACGAGGCCCUGAUGCCCACCCCCGCGCACGAGACAAACGCGCGCCGCUUCGCCGCCGGCGCCAUAUCGGGCACCAUCUCCGUCUUCUUCACCUACCCCCUCGAGCUCAUCCGCGUCCGCAUGGCCUUCCAAACGCGCGCCGCACCCGCCGCCGCCUCCGCCUCCGCCUCCUCUCUCACCUCCGCCCUCGUGCCCCCACACCCACACCCACAUCCGCAUCCGCAUCCACACCCCCCCGCGCGCCCACCGCCACGCCCGUCGUUCCUCGGCGCCGCGCGCCAGAUCUACCGCGAGGGCAACCCCGCGCCGGGUGCGCGCGCGGGCGCGGGCACGAGCGCGGCCUUCCACCGCUUCCCGCUGCUCAAGUUCUACCGCGGGUUCACCGUCAGCAUCGCCGGCAUGGUCCCGUACGCCGGCACCGCCUUCCUCACCUGGGGCUUCCUCCGCGCGCAGCUCCUCCCCGCGCGCCCCGCCGCCAGCAGCGGCGGCGGCGGCGGCGGCGGCGGCGAUUCCACGGGCUCGCCGCGGGGCACGCCGCUCGCGGACCUCGGGAUCGGCGCGCUCGCGGGCGGGAUCGCGCAGACGGCGUCGUACCCGUUCGAGGUCGUGCGCCGCCGCAUGCAGGUCGGCGGCCUGACGCGCCCGGAGCGGUGGCUGCGCUGGGGCGAGACCGCGCGCGCGGUGUGGGCGCGCGGCGGGUGGCGCGGGUUCUAUGUCGGGCUCGGCGUCGGGUACUUGAAGAUCGUGCCGAUGAAUGCGGUCAGCUUUGCGGUGUGGCAGGGGAUGAAGCGGUGGUUGGAGGUGUGA